AGCUCUUCAGAACUGCAUGGGUCUCUCUGGAGUACACGUCCCUUCUCUCGUCAGCUCUUCUCAUCUCCAUCAUGAUAAACACCUUUCACACUAGCUACAAUCCACCACCGGUGCCUCCACGGGCAGGAUACAGCAGACCUCUGCCACAAAUGCCGGGCACCACACCUUUACUCAGGUUUUUAUGCGUGAUGCUUCUGCUUCUAAUGGUGCUGACCUUCGGAGGUUUCUUUUACCUGUCCCAAAAAUUCAGUCAGGCUUUGGCAGUGAGAGAACAAGCAGCAGCAGCAGCAGCAGCACCCAUUAAAGGACUGGCACCAUCUUCUAAUGGACCAGCAGCACACAUGGUUCUUCAGAAGGAACAAGCAGGUUCAAACAAACAACUUGUUUGGAAUGAAAUACAUUCAAUGAUGCUGGAUGUAGACAUUAGCAGAGCAAGGGACACAUUGAUUAUCAAAAGUCCUGGGAUCUACUUUAUCUAUUCUCAAAUCUCUUUCUCCAAACAUUCAAGCAGCUCAUUAAAGCAGGCUGUAUGGAGAAAAGGACCCAACAUCGCGAAACCAGAGGAGAUCCUAAAAUCUUUUUGCAGCUUGGAUUCAAACAAACCAGAUAUAUGCACCGCCUCCCUGUCAGGAAUGAUUAAUUUACAAGAAAAACAAGAGCUAUUUGUUACAGUAACAAACACAUCUUUGUUGAACAAAGACUCGUGCAGUUUUGGAUUAUUCAAAUUAUAGUUAUAAACUCUGAAGGACAGAACUGACAAAAGGAGACUUACAAAAUGAGAUCAUCAGGGGAUGGACUGGAUCACAGAUACACUAUAGUUAAACAUGGAGCAUUGCAGACAUGAACCAGACAUGAAACUAUGAAGAAAUGACCCAAAGAAAAAUAGCAUACAUCACUCACUCAUAUAGAUGUCACCCGAUGCAAGCAUGGAUAUCUCGGAUUCUUUGAGAAAACGGGGAAAAUCUUUUUUCCUGAAUUAUAUUUUUAACUAUCCUAUUCAUUUUAUAAAACAACCCGUAGGAAUACCAUGAAUGUCUUCAAGCCAUGAAUGCUUGUUUAGUUUUAAAUUAUUUAUUGCUUUUUCAGAAUUCCUUUUAUUGUUUGCUUUUCUCUUUUUAAUAAUAAUAAUAAAGUAUUGAGCAUAUUUA